UGUCGGAAUACGGGUAGGAAAUGUUUAUUUGUCCAUCAGAUUAAUCGAGGAUCCAAAGCAAGCGUUCCGUAGGUGGUGGUGCGCAGCCGAAGACUUUAUUUUUAUCCAACAAGUGGCAGAACGCGACCUACUGAUCUAAGUACAGCGUUGACGCCUUUGAGUUUUUUUUAUCAGUAAAAGUCAGGUCGUUUUGGUAAAUUGCGCCUUUGUUCGGAAAUGAUAUUUCAAGAGGCUUUAUGUUUUGCGUGUCUCGUCCCGAAGAGGCGGGUCUUGCUCUACAGUUGCAGCUCGUCAGCAUCAAACAAGUUCCCAGCUGGCUUGUGGAGGAUGCCAAAGGAACCAAAUGACCGAUCAAAUGAGGAGGGAAAGAAGGUCGACUCUAAAGGGUCAGAAGACUCCACAGUCCAGACAGACACAUCAGAAGAGCUGCUGCGGAAAAGAAUCCGAACGAACACGCCCAGUCCUCACCGACAGACUCCUCCGUCCAGCCCGUCCAAGUUUGUCACCGUAGAGGAGCUGAUGGAGACGGCUAAAGGCGUGACUAACAUGGCGCUGGCUCAUGAGAUCGUAGUGAACGGCGGCUUUAAAAUCAAACCCCCCGAGCCUCCUGAGGGAAGUUUAGAGAAGCAGGUUAAGGAAAUUGUGCACAAGGCAUUCUGGGAUUGUCUUGAAUCCCAGCUGAACGACGAUCCGCCCGUCUACGAGCAUGCGAUCAAACUGGUCGGGGAAAUUAAAGAGACGCUGCUGUCUUUCCUGAUGCCGUACCAGACACGUCUGAAAGGACAGAUCGAGGAGGCGCUGGACCUGUCACUCAUCCAACAGCAGGCGGAGAACGGAGCACUGGACAUCGGCAAGGUGGCUCAGUUCAUCAUCAACACCAUGGGCGCUUUCUGCGCACCAUCUAGGGACAGUGAAGUCCGUAAGCUCUGGGACAUCACGGACAUCGUCCUUCUUUUUAGGUCUAUUUUUGCAGUGUUGGACAAAAUGAAGAUUGACAUGGCCAACUUUGCUGUCAGCAGUCUCCGGCCUCACCUGCUGCAGCAUUCGGUGGAGUACGAGAGGAACAAGUUUCAGGAGUUACUCAACAAACAACCUUCUGCUCUGGACUUCACUCAGAAAUGGCUGCAGGAGUCGGCGGACUCGGUGCUCCGAUGUGCUGAAGGUGGCGCUACAAGCUCGCCCGGGACCUCCUCACAGCUGCUGCUCAACGUGCACAACCAUGCUUAUUUACGACUGCUGCACUGGGAACACGGCAUGGACACAUUCCCAGAGACAGUGCUGAUGGAUCGUGGCAGGUUUCUGGAGAUGCAGUUAGAGCUGGAGCGCCUGACGUUGGUGGCGUCUGUGCUGCUGAUCGUAUAUAACAGCGCGGGGGAGGCGAUCUCCGGGCUGCCAGGGCUCAUCGACACGCUGAAGAACACAGUCAGGAUCCUGCUGGCUGACAUGCAUUCACCGUCUUUCAAAACAGACGAGACGUUCACGGCUAUCGGGGAGAAGCUGUGUUUGGAGCUGGGGGAAUGUCUGACUCAGCACGGCUUCUCUCCUUUUCAACCAGACCGACAGAACGCUCUGAAAGGCCAGAUCGCAGCCGUCAAGUCCCAAGAUAACCCCAUCCGUAAACUCGUCGAUUCUCGGAUUCAGUCCUUCCUCCUGGGCAUCUUGGAAACGGGUCCUCAAAAGAGCCCACCAGCGGUUCCCGGAGGUCUGGUUCCCAUCAGCAAAGAGCUGGAGGAAGUCGGGAUUAAACUGAGCCACCUGGUGAACUUCAACAAGCUCGUGUACUCACCGUUCUACCAGAAACUCCUACAGGACGUGGUUCAGGCCGGGGGAAGCGCAGCCACUUAGGCAGCAUCGAACAAAAUGGACGAGGAAAACAAACCAGGCAGCCUUCCGUAGGGUCCUAAGAACGACUGGGUUAAUGGAUUUACAGAUUUUUCUCCCCAAAGCUCACCUGCUGUCAAUGCUAGCAAAGAAUUUCUACCACUGAUUAUAUAUUGAUUUAUGAUGUAUUUCUUGCCGUUAUAUUAUCACGGAUCAGUCAGUCGAGCUUCAAGAAUUGGUAUUUAGGGGAAAAAAGUAUACGCUUAUAACUUAUUUUGCAUUCUUGCUUUUUGUUCUGUGCCAGGUGAAGGUGUGGAGGGUGGGUAGUGUUUUUUAAUGUAUAGAUGGCAUCAGGAGAUCAUAAUAAAUCUGUUAUUAAAAAGUCACCGACUGACGUCUGUCCUGAGAUAGCACGUAGCGUCGGACAGACCUGCGAAUGUUUCGAUUUAGAAAAGCAACCGGGAAACUGAGAAUACGCUAGAUCUUUUUUCAUAGCCACAAAACGCUGAACCCGUAGCAGCCAUCAUACAUAUAAUCAAACGAGCGAGGGAGAAAUUAGUGAUUACAGGAAACCAAGAAGGCAGAGGAAUAUUGCUAAAUAUUACACUUCAAUCCGGGAACCUUUUAGAGUCUCUAAAUAUAAUAUAGUAAGUCUUGGGUGUUAAGUUGCAAAAUACAUGACCAGGAUUUUAGUAUCUCAUGAAAUCCGUAAUAAUUUGUGGCUCUAUUACAAAACCGCAGCUGACUAUAAAGGAGAAUAUAUCUGUCUAUCUAUCUAUCUAUCUGGGUUGUUUACUAAGCCCCUCACACACACUUUUGUUACAACAGUUUCGGUGGUACAUUAUUAGAUUCUUAAUCAAACUCACCCACAUGACAUCCUCGUGUAUGACCCGAGAAAGCUGCCUUCUUUCUAAUAUUAUUAAUAUAUUGUUUUGAGUGUGUGAUGGUGUAAAGGUGUACAGAAUCUGACUGGUGCCUUACUCAGUGGAGGGCUGGCCUCGGUUAAAUGUGCCCUGCUCUCUUUCCCUGUUUAGCUUUUUUUUUUUUUUUUCCCAUGCUGGCUGUAAUUGUUCCACAUUUCCAAAAAAAAAAGAGACCCUUGUAAUCUUUUUAAACUGCUUCAUUUUCCUUUUCUGGAGAACUUUUUUCCGCAUGUUUUACAAAGACAUGGUUUUCACGUUGAGUUUUGUGUCUCUGUCCUACACUGUUACGAUGCAGUAUUUAAAGCGAGAGAAUUCUUCUUUAACAACUUUUAACAAUAGAAAACGGACUUCAACACACGUUCGACGCUCGUCUCUUUGUGAUGUAAAUUCUGUCUCCUCAGAGUAAUUAGGAUUCGGUAGAAUUUAAGACGGGGCCAAGACGUUAAAGGCGAUGGUGUAUUUGAACUGUUCCUGUAGCAUCAUUUUACCAAACUGUGUUCACGAGACACGUUUUGCAACAGAGGCCGAGUCUAUUCGCAGUCGCAUGCUGUAUAGAUGUUUCUGCUUAUCAUCACUGUGUGCCAUAAACGUGUCAGAAAUUCACAUCUUUAACCCAACAGCUUUCCUUUAAUAAACAGGACUGCAACCAA